UGACCCUUUUGCCGCACGUUCUCGAAGGGCCCGCGCGUUCCCGAUUUAAUUGAGAAUUUGCGGGAAAUUAUUAUUAUUCAAAAGUUUAGUUUCGGUGUGUAUAUUUGUGCUAAAGUUUUUGUUUUCGGAAAUUUUUUUGGCAUACCAGUGCUUAUAUGCCUUUUAUCCAGAAUGGAGAUGUUAUUCUUGAGAACUCUGUUUUAAAUUAAAAUAAGUAAAUAUAAAAGUGCUUCAAUGUUUUCCACUUUGGAGACGAACCCUUUAGGCAUCAAUAUUGGUGCAAGCAUUGCUACUGGACGUUUACCAUCCGACAAAAAAAGGUGCCCUAUAUGCAUCUUCAGUUGCGAGAAAUUGCUGAUUUGUGUUAUAUAUUUUACACGAUUUUGGGGAAUAUUAAGUGGAACAGUGUUGGCUGGGGUAGGAAUUGACUUCGUAUACCACCAAAGGAUUGAAGGAUAUUGGCUAAUAGCAUAUGCGGUCAUAAUCUUUAUUGGGGAGACUUUAUGGGUAUGCACGCUGUUCCUGAAGAUUACAUUAAGGCUGGACCACAAGUUUUGGAAAGCAUGGAAAUACUGCACCGUUAUCGACGACUGGAAGAAAUCUCCUCUAUAUAUUUUUAUCGGCUUUAUGACCAUGUAUAAACCGUAUAAGCUACGGCUCGUCUACCUUGCUGGUGGCCUUACCAUAGCUCUAGGUAUACUGCAUUUGUUUUUGUCAAUAUUCAGGAGAAUGGUAAAAAGGUCAUUCAAUAGGAAGGAGAAUAGGACGAGGAAUAGCGAUAUGGACAGUUUAGAAAGCAGCAAGUUUGAAGAAAUAACGGAAGUUCUGGAUGAUUGUAUUCCAGAACCAAUUCCUGGCAGUAGCAUUUCGUUAUCCGAUAGUCUACUUCCGGAUCGCCAAGAUGCCAUCCUUGAAAUAUGACCGAAAAUUGAACAAGCACCAGAUCUGUUUAGAAAUAUCAUAGAAUGUACCAGUCGGAUGGAGCAAAGCCUAAGAAGUUACGAUGAAGAAGAGAUAUUGGUUCUGGAAAUAAAAUAAUUUAAACGUCCCUAAAUGGUAAUUUGAGCUUAUUACAAAUAGCCCAGUGUGUAAUAAUAAUUAAGUUAUAUUUAAGAAGUCUCCAAACUGUUUAUACAUAAUACGUUUACAUGUUUUUGGUCUGUAAAUUGCUUCUUACAUUUUCUAUUGUAGUUUAUGUGAAAUAAAGUAUAUUGUAUUAUGGAUAA